CCGGCCCGGCCAUGGCGGAGCCCCCCGGCCCUCCGCCGGUGUUCUGCCGCCCCGCGCCGCUGCCGCAGACGGGCUGGGAGCGGCUCAGCGAGCUCUGGCGGCGAGACGAGCAGCAGCAGUACCCGGAGGAGACGGUGAACAUCGCCAAGGCGGCCUUCACGGCGGGCGUGGUGGGCUGGCUCUACGGGGGGCUGCCCGCCUUCGUCAGCGCCCGCAAGGCCUUCAUCGAGAGCAGCCGCGGCGAGAUCUUCCAGAGCCGCGCCGAUGCCGUGCAAUCUGCACACCGUGCUGGUCUCCGGAGCUUCAUCCGCUACGGCUGGCGCUGGAGCUGGAGGGUUGUGGCUUUCACCACCAUAUUCAACGUGGUGAGCACGGGCCUGUCUGCGUACCGCGAUAAAACCGCCAUCAGUAAUUUUGCUGCAGCAGGAGCCUUCACAGGAGCCCUGUUCAGAAUGCACUUGGGCCUGCAGGGCCUGGCAGGUGGCAUCGUGUUUGGAACAGCAUUUGGGGUUCCUGCAGGAGGCCUCCUGAUGGCCAUGUAUGGCUUGGCUGGUGAGACCUUGCAGGAGAAGAGGCGUCGCGAGCGCAAGGAGCUGUACGAACAGAGGCUGGCAGAGUGGCAAUCCAAGCUCAGUAUUACUGAAAUCUUAGGUGAAACAGAAAAUAAUGCCCAGGGAAGACCAGAGAUGGAGAGAGCAAGAGAACUGAAGAACUACUGAGUCUUCUCCACAUCUCUAUUGUAAGAAGCAUUUUGAUCCUGCUUGUAAAAGCCUUCAGUCAAGGGAUCAUGAAGUUGUCUGUGAAUGCAGUUGUAUCCUGUGAAAAAGUGUUUUGCUGAAAACAUUGUUCAGGGAUGGAUAUCACUGCACAAAGAGCUUGGGAGGGCCAAACCUGUUCCACCUGAGAAGGUGGAAAUACAGACUUCACAGACCAGGAAGUAUCAUCCAGGUUUGGCAGGAAGUGAGGGCUCCAAAGCCUCAUGUAGAACUCAUUUCACUGCUGAAAAUGUCCAAACCACCAGUGAUGUAGAAAUACUCAAGGUAAAGAAGCCUAUGGAUGGUUCAUGUGCUAAAGGUGCCCUGAUUCCAGAAGUUAAUUAUGCCCUGGUGAAAGCUGCUCUUCAGACAGUGCCUGAAGAGCUUGGUUCCUACAAAUACUUGGGGGGUAUUUGGAAGUCAGUGUGGAGGAGCUGAGAAUUAUAUGGAUAUAGCCUGAAAAAGGCAUAAUUUGGGUUCCUCAACAGAAGCCUGAGGGGGCCACAGAAAACAAGACUUAUUUCUGGUGCUGAUGGUGGAAGACUUGGUACUGUUAGAAGUGCCUCUAAUUUCAUUUGCAAGUUGGAAAUUCGGGGGUGACCUUUGGGGGAAAUGUAGUUCAAGACACUCAAUAAAGCCAUCCAGCAGUGGUGA